AUGAUCCCAAGCAUCGCCGGAAAUAUUGCCCGAAUAUCAUUUCGCUUUGGUUUGGUUGUCGAUCGAGUUUGCCGAUCGUUGGAGGUCUCUCAGGAUGAGAUCAAUGCCAACGGUGCCUGGGUAUAUUGUGUCCACGGGAUGGGUGAGAAAGAGGCGCGCGAUGCGGUGGACAAAUUCAACGAAGACAAAGCAUAUCCUCCAACCAGUCGCGCGUCUGUCUUCAACGUGGACAACGCCGGGAGCUCAAUCAGUAUAGGCGGUCCGCCAAACACGCUGAAGGCGCUUUUCGCUGAGUCCGAUGGAUUCAAGAAGACGACGAAUGUGGCAAUGAGAAAGAUCCAGGGGAUGUGGCAUACCGACCGAGUAUAUGGCGUGGAGCACUUGAAGCAGGUCCUCCCAGAUAUUGAACAAGCACGGGAGCUGCACAUUCCGUUAAUAUCGCCUGUGAGCGGAGAGCCGUUUCAAGAAACAGCGGCUGGACCCCUGCUCGAGCAUAUCAUGGAAGAGAUACUGACCGAGACGGUGCGGUGGGACGUGGUUAUUGACUCUGUCACCAAUCAACUGAGGCAUCUGAUGCCCAAAUCUGCGCAACUGAUUAGCAUACUGCCGUCGCACUAUAAUCGAAACUUGGUGGAGCGCUGGCAGAUUGAAUUGCCCACCGCAACAGUGUCAGAUAUCGCUAUGGCGCCAGCUGUAUUAGAUCUUGUGCUCGGGAAAAGUCCACCGAAGGACACGAAAUCCUCGAAAAUUGCUGUCGUAGGCAUGGCAUGUCGUUUCCCGGGCUCAGACACCACCGAAGAAUUCUGGGCACGGUUGAUGCAGGGGCAAGACAUGCACCGCCAGGUUCCUCCCGAUAGAUUCGACGUCGAAACACACGUAGAUCCUACAGGGAAACGGCAUAACACGUCCAAGACUUCCUAUGGCUGUUUCGUUGAUAAUCCGGGAAUGUUUGAAGCUAUGUUUUUUGGCAUGUCACCCAGAGAGGCUGAGCAAACGGACCCAAUGCAGCGUCUAGCGUUAGUGACCGCAUACGAGGCGCUGGAGAACGCGGGAUACGUCGACACCCGAGGCGUCAUCCAUCGCCAGCGUGUUGGCACUUUUUACGGUCAAGCCAGCGACGACUACCGCGAAGUCAACUCUGGACAAGAAGUAGGCACUUAUUUCAUUCCCGGUGGAUGCAGGGCGUUUGGUCCCGGGCGUAUCAACUAUUUUCUCAAUUUUUGGGGCCCUAGCUUUAGUGUCGACACUGCGUGCUCUUCGAGUUUAGCCGCCAUUCAAGCCGCAUGUUCAUCACUGUGGAGUGGAGAUGUUGACAUGGCCAUUACGGGAGGGAUGAACAUCCUCACCAAUUCUGAUGUCUAUGCAGGGCUCAGCGAAGGGCAUUUCCUCUCCCCUACGGGGGGCUGUAAGACAUGGGACGAGGGAGCAGAUGGAUACUGUAGAUCAGAUGGGGUCGGAAGCGUGGUUCUGAAGAGGCUGGAAGAUGCAGAAGCCGACAACGAUAACAUACUCGCGGUAAUCUUGUCGGCAGCUACUUCUCAUUCCGCGGAAGCCGUUUCCAUCACUCAUCCUCACGACGAAGCACAAGCUCUGCUUUACGACCAGAUCGUCCGACGAGCUGCGAUCGACCCCCUGGACGUAGGUUACGUCGAGAUGCACGGUACAGGGACGCAAGCUGGUGAUCCUACCGAGAUGAGAUCAGUAACGAGUGUGUUUGCGCCCUCCCGCCUUCGUGGACCCAGACCAAUACCCCUGCAUGUGGGUUCAGUCAAAUCUAAUAUGGGCCACGGAGAGGCUGCUGCCGGAAUUAUGGCUUUCAUCAAGACCGUGUUAGUGUUCCAGAAUGGCAUCAUUCCGCCUCACAUCGGCGUGAAGACAGGUCUGAACCCUGCACUACCGGACUUAGCCAAGAUGGGCGUUGUUAUUCCAUUUAAAGCCGCCAAUUGGGGCCCGGUCGGCACACAGAAGAGGCUUGCCAUGGUCAACAACUUUGGCGCCGCUGGAGGUAACACGGCUAUGAUUAUCGAAGAGCCUACCCCAAGGCCACGGCUAUGCGAGGAUACACGGGAAGCUCAUGCCAUUACGAUUUCAGCAAAGACGGCCCAGUCUCUCAGCUUAAAUAUCAAGCGCCUUGUUGAGUAUAUUGAGGGUUCGCAGGAGUUGUCUCUUGCCGAUAUUGCCUACACACUCUCAGCCCGGAGACGUCACUACGCAUACCGGAAAUCUGUUGUAGUAAGGUCAUUGGAUGAUGCUGUCAAACAGCUUCAACCGCACAUUGAAACUGCUCUGGCUCAGACUCCAACCUUAGUGAAGCGGCCCCCAGUUGCCUUUGCCUUUGGUGGCCAAGGUACUUUCUAUGUGGGAAUUGCAGCACAGAUUUACCAAGACUCUCCCUUCUUCCGCACUCAACUUGAUCAGUUCGAUAGCCUUGCGCGUCGCCAGAACUUCCCAUCCUUCCUACCGGCUAUCGACAGAACGAGUGUUCGCGAAGACCUGCCAGCCGCCUCUAUACAUCUUGCCAUUGUAUGUGUUGAAGUUGCGCUCGCUCGACUAUGCAUGGGGCUUGGUAUUGAGCCAUGUGCUGUCAUUGGACAUAGCCUGGGGGAAUAUGCCGCCAUGGCCGUGGCUGGUGUGCUGUCCGACAGUGACACAGUCUUCCUCGUCGGAACACGAGCAGCCAUUCUGGAGUCAAACUGCUCUUCUUACACCCAUGGAAUGCUCUCCGUUCGCGCUUCAGUGGCAGACAUUGCACGUGAAGCAGAUGGCGCGCCAUUCGAAGUAGCCUGUAUCAACGGCCCCAAUGAGACUGUUAUUGGAGGCACUGUGGAGCAUCUAAAUGCCUUUUCUGCUCGUCUCUCCAAAGCAGGGUACAGAGCGACACGAGUUGAUGUGCCACACGCGUAUCAUACGGCUCAGAUGGACAAUGUCAUGAAUGAUCUCAGUCGCCGAACCCAAGAUAUCGUCUACAAUGCGCCCAACAUCCCAAUCAUGUCUCCACAAGACUCAACAGUUAUCGAGACAGGCUCUAACAUUGAUUCAUCAUACCUGAUCACCUCAUUAAGAAAGACGGUUGAUUUCGCUAGAGCUCUUAAUGCAGCGUUCGAUGCUGGCGUGGUAUCGAAAUCCACUGUCUGGCUUGAGUUGGGCCCUCAUCCUGUAUGCAGCGGUUUCAUCAGCCGCACACUCCCCGAGACUCGUCUAGCAUGCUCACCCCUACAUCGAGACUGCGACAACUGGGCAUCUUUAGUGAAGAUGCUGAGCAGUCUAUACGAGGUUGGUCUCGACAUCGACUGGAAUGACUACCAUCGUCCAUUUGAGCACGCACUCCGACUUGUCUCCUUGCCAACCUACGCUUGGAAUAACAAGAACUAUUGGAUACAGUACCGAGGAGAUUGGAAUUUGACCAAGGGCCAGGUUUUACCAGAGCCAGCGCUUCAUGUUGCCAGCGGGUUCCGGACAUCAAGCAUCCAACGGCUCUAUUCCGAAGAUUACGACUCACUAACAGCAAACGUCUUGGCCGAGUGCAAUAUUACGGACCCAUCACUCAAAGAUGUCAUAGAAGGACAUGCUAUGAACGGUUACGGUGUCGCGUCGUCGUUUCUGCAUGCCGACAUGGCAUUUACGCUAGCCAAAAGGAUCCAAGAAAAGGCAGUUCCAUCGACAUUCAGUGGAAUGGGCAUUAAUGUGGCCAACUUCGAAUAUCACGAUCCGGUAGUGCAAGACCCAACCUCUGUUGAUCCACAUCCCAUUCUCGUCAAUGCCGAAGCCAAUCUCGAGAAGGGAGAAGUCCAGAUCAAGUGGUUUAACCCAGCCAAUGACAAAUGGUACUGCCAUGCUACAGCGUACUAUGAAGAUGCUUCGGCUUGGCUGUCAAAUUGGGCCCGGACGACUAGACUUGUUACCAGUCGGAUUGACGCACUCAAUGCUAUGUCAACCAAGGGUACGGCCGACAAGCUCACCACCGAUCUUGCUUACAGUCUCUUUGGAAAACUGGUGAAUUACUCUCGCAUGUAUCGCAACAUGAAAUGGGUAAUACUCAACGAAGACGAAGCUGUGGCUGAAGUCAUUUUCCCUGCAGACACGCAAGGAGACUGGGCUAUGCCACCACAUUUUAUCGACGGUCUCGUAUCUCUGUCUGGAUUCAUUCUAAAUGGCGGUACCCACUUUGACAAUAUCAACAACUUCUUCAUCACUCCGUCAUGGAAGUCCAUGCGUUUUGCCAAACCGUUGGUCCCUGGGGGUCGAUAUCUCGCAUACGUGAGGAUGGUACCAGAGGCUAUUGACGACAAUAGUAAGCUUGGCUCUUACGUCGGUGACGUCUACAUUCUACAGGACGGCGAGAUUGUGGGCGUGGUCGAAGCCAUCUUGUUCCGAGAGUGGCCAAGAGUGAUGCUUAAUCGGUUCUUCCGUCCAGUAGGUGCAGCUCCUGCUCCUUCCACUCAAAAGAACAAAUCUGCAACUCCAAGCCCACUACCGUCUGCAAGUUCCCUAAAGACAAAGGCGAUGGUUACGGCGGUGGAUCGAAAGACGACUAAGAAACCUCCUACAUGUACUGCAACUCCUCCGCAGUCUGGAAUGAUGAACAAGUCUAGUGAUAUUCCAAAGACGAUGCCUCAGCUUGAUUACAAUCUCUUACCGCCAAGAGGCCCGCCACCUCCAAAUGGACUGAUAGAAAAGACGGACAGUGACAGCGGCUACGAAGAGCCUGAUGGUGUUGAUGACACUGCGUCACGCGCUAUAGAUAUAUUGGCCGAAGAGCUCGCUGUCGAUAUUGGCUUGCUGACUGACGAGUGUGAAAUCGCGGAUAUUGGGCUUGACUCGCUGAUGUCGCUUGUUAUCUCCCAGAAGCUGCGAGAGAACCUUGGAAUUGAGAUUCGUGAUGCAUUCUACCUCGAAGUGAAAACGAUCCAGGAUUUGAAGAAAUUAGUCUCAUAA